CGUACACGUUGGGUAAUCAACACCUUGAAAUAAUGCCAAUCCACCAUCCAUAUACUCCACCACGUUCACUACAGCGUAUAUCAUUGAAAGACCGUUGUGGCUUUGGUGGAAAGUGCUCAUGUUGAGGUUCCCCCAACGGACCUCGUUUCCCGUAUCUUUGCAAUUUUUCUCCUGUGCUGAGCCGCAGGGUGAAAAGUUCCGUGAACGGUCAUUCGAACAAUUAUUUGAACGGUCAUUUGGGCCUAUAUAAUCUGGUGAUUAUUUCAAUAUUAGCUCCUCUUUGUCUAUUAGAUGAAUAAGUGGAAGUUGAUAAAGAUGUCGUUGCAGUAUACUAAAGAGAGACAAGCUGAACUCAUUAAGAACUACGAAACGGUUCUUUCCACGGUUAACAAAGCUGCGUCUGAAGUUUCACACCAUGUAGACCUCAUCGCAGUGUCAAAAUUGAAACCAGCGAGCGAUAUCAAGGCUCUGUAUGACCAUGGAGUGCGCCAUUUUGGUGAGAACUAUGGUCAAGAGCUUAUUGCAAAAGCUCAAGAACUGCCAAAGGAUAUCAAGUGGCAUUUCAUUGGUGGGUUGCAGACAAAUAAGUGUAAAGACCUCACCAAGAACGUUGAGAACUUGUUCGCAGUGCAGACCGUUGAUUCCUUAAAGAAGGCUAAGAAGAUCAACGACACAAGAGAAGGUGCUGUGGUUAACAUCUUCUUACAGAUUAACACAUCUGGCGAAGAUCAAAAGUCCGGAUUAUCCCCUGAUGAUGAUGAAAUUGAGCAAAUCGUUGAGUACGCUAAGGAUGCCGAAAAGAUCAACCUUUUGGGACUCAUGACAAUUGGUUCAUUUACACGAUCACACUCUGAGGGAGACAAUCCCGACUUCACAGCAUUGGAACAAUUGAAAGAGAAAUUGGACUCUAAAUAUGGUGUUGAUUUGAAGUUAUCUAUGGGAAUGUCUUCUGAUUACGUCCAAGCAAUUAAGCAGGGAACCUCAUACGUUAGGGUUGGAACUGCAAUCUUUGGUGAGAGACCACCAAAGGUAUAAACUACACAUAUGGCAUGAUGUGAUACAUUCAUAUAAAUAUAUAAUAUAACAUAAUCUCUUCAAUACGUGUCUAUACGUUCUUCAA